AUGGACGACCACGGUGCCAAGGAGAAGACGCCGGAGGUCGCUACUGCACAACCCUAUGACUAUUCGGUCACUUCAUCGCCUAAGGAGGGAUCGUACCACGAUGUCGAGAAGUCGGAAGUCCAGGUCGGCACCACAGUGCAAUUGCAGCGUCGUCUACAGUCACGGCACCUUCAGAUGAUCGCCAUCGGUGGAACUAUUGGAACAGGCCUCUUCAUUGGUUCUGGUGGUGCACUCGCUAAUGCCGGUCCUGCUGGUGCGCUCAUUGCGUACGCCUUCGUCGGCACUUUGGUCUACUCGGUUAUGGUUGCGCUUGGGGAGAUGGCUACCUACAUUCCCAUCUCCGGAGCAUUCACUGCAUACGCUGCUCGAUUCGUGGAUCCCAGCUUGGGAUUUGCUAUGGGGUGGAUCUAUUGGUUCUCAUGGGCCAUCACUUACGCACUCGAGCUCACGGCUAGUGGUCUCAUCAUCCAGUACUGGUCGCCAGAGCUCAAUGUGGGCAUCUUCAUCGGUGUGUUCUGGGUCGUGAUUACCGCUCUCAACUUCCUGCCGGUGUCCUUCUACGGCGAGAUCGAAUUCUACUUUGCUUCCAUCAAGGUCCUCACUGUGCUUGGCUUCCUAAUCUUUGGCAUCUGCAUCGAUGCUGGAGCUGGUCAACACGGGUACCUGGGCUUUCACACUUGGGGCAACCCGGGUGCCUUUGCACCAUAUAUCCUGACUCGCCAGCCAGCAUUGGCCAAGUUCGUCGGCUUCUGGGCAGUCAUGAUUCAAGCAGGGUUCUCGUAUCAAGGCACUGAGCUUGUCGGUAUUGCUGCCGGCGAAACCAACAAUCCGCGCAAAACAGUCCCGGCCGCCAUCAAGAAGACAUUCUACCGCAUCCUGUUCUUCUUUGUCGGCAGCAUCUUCUUCAUCGGUCUCCUGGUACCAUACGACAACCCCGAUCUCCUCAACGGCACCACCAGCGCAGCAUCCUCGCCAUUUGUCAUUGCUGCGCAGUUGGCCGGCGUCAAGGUCCUUCCAAGCUUGAUCAACGCGGUCCUAUUGACGGUCGUCCUCAGCGCCGCCAACUCAAACGUCUACUCUGGCUCCCGCAUCAUCGUGGGUCUAGCAAACGAUGGCAAUGCACCCCAAUUCUUUAAUAAGACCACAGCUAGCGGUGUGCCAUAUGUCGCUGUCGCCUUCACAGCAGCAUUCGGCUUGUUAGGUUUCUUGAAUGAAUCAGCCUCGGGUGGAGAAGUCUUCAACUGGUUCGUCAACAUCACAGGUGUCGCUGGUUUCAUUAGUUGGACCUGCAUCGGCAUCUCGCACAUCGCCUUCAUGCGUGCCUUGAAGGCUCGUGGUGUCAGCCGGGAUACUCUACCAUACAAGGCCAUGGGCCAGCCGUGGUUCACCUGGUACGGCAUCAUCUUCAACGUCAUCAUCAUCUUGACUCAAGGCUUCACCUCAUUCAUGCCGUGGGACACCAAGUCGUUUUUCGUGGCUUACAUCAGCUUGAUCUUGUUUGCGAUACUAUACGGCGGCCACAAGGCUAUCUACAGGACGAACUUCGUUAAGCCGAUCGAGGCCGAUCUUGAUACUGGGAGGAAGGAGAUUGAGGAAAUGCAUUUCGAAGAGGCAAUACCGACCACUCUUUGGGAGCUCUAG